AUGUCAGAAGCAUCACUCCGUGUGCAGAAGGCUCCACAUCAGGACCACAGAUCAGGACCCCUCUCUAAGGACAUUUAUCGGAGGCCUGGCACUGCAGCACCAUCAAGGAUGGACAGCGUCUCAGGGGAUUACAGCAAACGUGUGUACCAGGGCGUAAGAGUCAAGCACACCGUCAAAGACCUCCUGGCGGAAAAGCGAUCCAGGCAGACAAGUAACUCCAGACUCAAUGGUAGUGUCGGCUCCUCCCAGCCUGCAUUCGUCCAAAUGCCAGGUUCACCGGUCAUGUCAGGUUACUACGGUGUCAGGAGAUCGUUCCUGUCUGAUUCCGACUUCCACAGCAGCAAGCAGUUCUCAAAUGACCUCUACACCCCCAGCGUGACGAAGCCCUUCGCCUGUGAGUCCUCAGCUGGGCAGAGCCACACCGGCCUGCUGGAGUCCUACCUGGCAGAGCCCUAUGGAGACUACCGCCCACCAGCACUGACCUCUACACCGAGCUCCCUGUUCAGCACCUCAACUCUGCCUCCGCUCCUGCCGCCUCCGUUCCCCAGCGAUCCAGCUCACUUUGUGUUUAGAGACACCUGGGAACAGACAGUGCCGGAUGGACUCAGUCAGCCAGACCCUGUGCCUGCUGAUGCCCUGCAGACCCUGUCACCAAGCACCAGUUGCCUCUCCCAGCUGGAGUCAGGAAGCAGCACCCAACACAGGAGCAUGGGAUGGGGAGCAUCCCUUGCUGGAGCUCAACCCUACUCGCUGCAUGCGUUGGAAGAUCUACACCACACACCAGGAUACCCCGCCCCAUCUUCAUACCCCUUCACUUCUUUCAUGACAGUGUCAAAUGACCUCCAACCCAAGGUGGUGCCCCUCUCCCCAGAGGAGGGAUCAGACCCAUCUUCCCUUCAUGAUCAUUCACCUUGGACAAAAGAAGAUGGCAGCAUGGCCUGGGGCUCCUACGAAUGCCGGAGAGCUUACUGAGACAACAGGCCAGAGGACUUCUGCGUUCUUAUGGGAGUUGGAAUCUGUGUCCACAGAUUCUUCUAGGUGUGCUAGUUCAAUCAGAACUAGAUUUUCAGUUUAAGCCUCAAUUAUGUCCAGUGCUAAUUGACAAUGGCAUUCAUCUCUGCUCAUAUCCACUAUAACACCCCUGCAAAACACUACAAUGUCAAUCAAAUACUUUGUGGAUCACAUCUGUUGAGACAACUUUACAGGAAGGCCACUUUAGAACUUUGGUAACCCAUUUUAUUCUGAAUUUUCUGUUAUCAUUGAAGCAUCAUUUUUGGCACUGGUUAUUUUUCUUAUAUUACAUUAAAAACUUUAGCACAUCAUAAAACACAA